AUGCCGCUUACAAUUCAAGAAAACAUCGCAUUGCUGAAUAUGAUGUCUUCAGAUAAUUUGGAGGACGACUUGAAAAGUGUUCAGUUGCAUAGUCCAUCGGAGAGGCGAUUGCAGAGCGAUGGCGCAUGCGUUGAGGAGAGAGUGAGGACCUCGCGCGGUGACAUCCUGGUGGCGGUGCGGGGGGACCGCAAAAAACCGGCCCUGAUCACUUACCAUGACCUUGGAUUGAAUUAUGCGUCUAAUUUCCAAGCUUUCUUCAACUUCGUCGAAAUGAGGCCAGUGCUGGAGAAGUUUUGCGUGUACCAUAUAAACGCCCCGGGCCAAGAGGAGGGCGCCCCCCCUCUGCCGGAAGACUAUACCUAUCCCAGUAUGGACGCAUUGGCCUCGCAGAUCGAUUUUGUGCUAGGCCACUUCGGGAUACGCUCGUUCAUCGGUUUCGGAGUAGGUGCGGGCGCGAACAUUCUCGCCCGAUACGCGAACGGCAGCCCGCAGAAGGUCAAUGCGCUGGUCCUAAUAAACUGUACCUCGACCCAAGCCGGGUGGACCGAGUGGCUCUACCAGAAGAUAAACACGAGACAGCUCCGUUCCAGCGGCAUGACCCAGAGCGCGGUGGACUACCUGAUGUGGCACCAUUUCGGGCGCAGCACGGACGACCGCAACCACGACCUUGCGCAAGUCUACAAAGAGUGCUUCAACCAAGUGAAUCCGAUCAACCUCGCGAUGUUCAUCGACGCGUUCCUGCGACGCAGCGAUUUGGGAAUAUCCAGGGACAAUAAUACUAUAAAGGUGCCCGUUCUGAACGUGACUGGGGCUUUGUCGCCGCACGUCGAUGACACGGUGACGUUCAACGGGCGGCUGGACCCCGCCAAGACGUCAUGGCUGAGUAUUUCCGAUUGUGGCAUGGUACUGGAGGAGCAGCCGAGUAAGGUAGCGGAAGCCGUGCGCCUGUUCCUGCAGGGCGAGGGUUACUGUAGG